GCGCACAGAGCCGCGGCUGGGCUUCCAGAGCCCGGGACCGCGACGGGCGGGCGCUGCUGGGAGAGACGCGUUCCCACGUCCCACCUCCUAGACGCCGAGCCAGUAGGAAAAGUCAGGCGUCCCUUCCAGAGACAAGGGCGAGAGUCGAGGGGACAGCUGCUGUGGAGGUGCCCAAGGAGACUCAGACUGACUUCUUUCCCUGCCCCCAGGAGACGGGAGGAAACCUCAGAAGACGGUAAAGCUAAAGCUUGUCCCUGGCCAGCAAGGAGCUCCCAACCUGGAUGGAAUGAAAGAUGCGGCCUGAUGACAUUAACCCGAGGACUGGGCUGGUGGUGGCCCUGGUCAGUGUCUUCCUGGUCUUUGGCUUCAUGUUCACUGUCUCUGGGAUGAAAGGAGAGACCCUGGGAAACAUACCUCUCCUGGCCAUCGGGCCGGCCAUCUGCCUACCAGGUAUUGCGGCCAUUGCCCUGGCCAGGAAAACCGAGGGGUGCACCAAGUGGCCUGAAAAUGAGCUCCUGUGGGUCCGAAAGUUGCCCUGCUUCCGGAAACCCAAGGACAAGGAGGUGGUGGAACUGCUGAGGACCCCUUCGGACCUGGAGUCAGGCAAGGGAAGCUCAGAUGAGCUGGCCAAGAAGGCGGGCUUCAGGGGGAGGCCUCCCCUCCAGCCGCAGGCUGAGGUCAGCUCCAUCGCUACCCCCACCCCCACGGAAGAAGGAGAAUGCCAGAGCCUGGUCCAGAGUGGGCAUCACGAGGAGACAUCCAGACACCUGGAUGGCUACUGUCCCUCAGGCAGUUCCCUCGCCUACAGUGCCUUGGAUGCCAAGCGCUCAGCCUGGGACAGGUCAGAAUGCCCCGAGCCCGAGGACAGCAUCUACUUUGUGCCCCAGGACAGUAUCAUCGUUUGCUCCUACAAGCAGAACAGUCCCUAUGACAGAUACUGUUGUUACAUCAAUCAGAGCCAAGGCAGGUGGGACCACGAGACCAUAGUCUGAGCUUUGUGUUGAUAGAAACAUGACUACACUCAGCUCCCUGUGGAAGGAAAUGGCCCUGCUCCGACAGCCUUCACACUGUUAGAAACCGACCCGGUAUGUGAUGGAUGUGCGAACCUCUGGUGCCUGAGAGCCAUGUAAAUAGCUGUGUUGGGGACACAUUGUAGGGAAGGGUGAUGAGUGUUAAGGACACUGGAAGAGGCAGUGGGUAGGAGAGGAAGCAGUACUAACUGCUUUUGAACAAUUUAAACUAUGUUGGAUGUUUUGUAAAUAACCCAAAAAGCGCCACUCAGUACUUGCCGAAAGCAAGGUAAAUCUUGAGUGGGCUGCAGAAACCAGGCAUGAAAUGAUACUUGGGCUAUCCACAGGGACACUGAGCUGCUUUAGGUCUGAAGAAAUGGAAAGAAAAGAAAAAUGUAAUGCUUUGCUAUAAGAAGUGAUUUUUGUCUGUUGCAAGCUUUUCACACUUGGUGUUUGCCGGAAGAAAACAAGUCGGGAGAGAAUAGCUGCACCCCUCCUUAGGCAGGAUGGCUUCUGGAGGAAGGGAACUUAAAGACGGUUGAAUUAUGUAAUUGAGUCUGAUAUUAUCCUCUGACAAGAUCAGACAUUUAAAAUAAAGUAAAAUAAAUGUGACCAGCUAUGUGAAAAACUAACAUUUUUAGAUGGCUGUGUUACUUAUGAAGCUCUUCACUUAAAGUGAUUUACUGGGUCUUUAUCUGAAGUGUUUUCUAACAUGUACUAUCAUUCAUGUAUGAUUUUUUCAUCAGGUGCAAAAUGACUUGAUGUAAUAUUUUCAUAGAUUAGAAUUUGUUUUCACCAAAUCACAAUGGAUUUUACAUAUGUAUACAAGUGUCUUUAAUAUUUUUGGGAGACAUGUACUGGUAAUUACUAUUCCUAUAUGCCUUUUACUAUCUGAAGACUAUGAAGACAAUACCUUAGUCUUGAACUUUAUGCAGAAUUUACAUGAAAUGCAAUGAUUAAACUUCUGGAAAUGUCAGAAAUGUCAUUAUUUGUACAUUUGUUCAGUAUUCCCAAAGACUGUAAAUGCCAAUGAAAUGAGAGUUAAUCUACCAGAUUUAACUAAAGCCCAGUUUUUAUUAAGUUCACCUGAUCAGUGAACUUUACAUGGCAAAGACCUGCUCUAUUUCAUGUUUAAUUUUUUGCUGCUGAGGAAAAAAAUUACAAUGGGGCUCUAAAAUGUAUUUCUUCUUUCACUUAUUCAACUGUAAUAGACAAGAGGUCCAUCAGCCAGAACACUGCUGGAUCCCUGUUGAAGAGAAAUAUUGAAUUACACAUAGAAAUGGUAUAUAUUUCAUCCCAAAGAUCAGAAUAAUUUUGCAUCCUUCAAAGAAUGAUGACUUAUUUUUAAUGAUCAGAUAGUCUCAGCCACUUUUUCUCAAAAGUGGAAUUGAGGACACAGAUUUGGGGUAUACCUCUCUUGUGUAUUUCAAGUUCAACUCUGUAGUUCUCUAAGCAAAGCAAUUAUUCUUGUUUUAAGAAUUAUGCCCUUAAAAAUGAUAAUUUUCUAUUCAAAUACAUCAAAAGCAUGUAAUUGUUUUUUAGUAGAGCUUGAAUGUCAUAAAAUGAGAUUUGUAAUCCUGGGCAAAUUUUAUCUUCUCACAUCUCAGCUCCCUGAAAAGGGAGGAGUGGAACUGAUUUAUACUAGAUUAUCUCUUCAUCCAUUCCCAGUCUGAAUAUUCUGUGGCAUUUUGUCAAAGGCACUUUAUAUAUUGCCAGGAAAUGAGUUACAGCAAAAUGCAGGCCAAAGUUACGCAAUUCAUGCUAACAAUUAUGUGACAUGGAUUGAAUUCUUGCUACUACUAAAAAGAAUUUUGUAGAUGUGUGAGAGCAGAUGUGUUUUAUUACCAAAUAUUUUUUUAUUCAGCUAAAUACAUUUCUGGGAAUAAAAUGAAGACAUGCAGAGUAAAAUAUUUUUGAGGAGAAUUUUUUAGAUAUUGGAGCCCCAAAUAACCUAAUGCAUACCCUUACAUCAUAUGUAAUUUACUUUGAGCUUGGCAUGAAGGGAAAAUAAUUCCUGGAAUCACAAUACCUCUUGAUCAUUCUAAUGCAUUUUGAAAGAGGGGGAUCAUAUUUUUAUGAAGGUGAAAAUUAUUAGAUACUCUUAGGAAUAAGAACUUCCCCUAAUUCAUUUGCCACUGCGGACAGCUUUAGAGGUGAGGAGAUAAGCAAGGCUUCAGAAGAAAAUGUUCAGAGGCUCAGCAAAUCUUAUACAGGGCUUGAAAAGAGAUGCUUCUACUGUCAGCUGUAGUUUGGGGUUUGGAAAAGUUACUUUCUGAUUUCUUGAAACCAGCUCAAGUUCCUUCAUAUCACACACACGCACGCGUGCGCACGCACACACACACACACACACACUCCAAUUUCCAAAUCCAAAGUCAUCUACUAGUCUAAAGAUAUCAGGUGUUUUAUUGCAUUGUCAAGUUCUAUUUCAGAAGAAACUUAUUUCAAGUUUCUUCUUCGCUUCACCUAUUUAAGAUACUUAAAGACAGCUAAAUAUGUGUUUGAAGGAAUUUUCUGCAGUGCUAAAGUAAUGGUUUGUAAAUGCUGUGCUGGGAGGCUUAACUUUGACCAGGAAGAAUAAAAUGUGUGAUUGUGUGUGUGAAUUUUUCUUAACAUCUUACACUAAACAACCCGCUCCUAACAUGGCGCAAGCUAGCCUCAUGCCCCAAAUCAACACUUGUGAAGUACCAUUCAGGGUAAAACCGUCAUUCUUUUGAACAGAGGUGGAAUGAGAAGGAAAACAAGGAGAGGAAGUGCCUCAGCCAGUUAGAGAACAGAGUAGCUCACUCACAGUUCCAGCAAAUUGUUAAUAUUAACAUAAUAGACAUGAGAAUUGCUUCUGAUAUCCUGUAAGAGCUUUCAGACAGACACAAAUUUAUGUUGGCAUUAGUUAUUUUUUUAUUUGCUGUUAAUUCAAAUAGUCAUUUCAACUUAAUAUUAAAUAGGUAUUUUAUUUUUGAAAUUUUCUCUGUUGGAUUCCUCCUGCUCAAUAUUGUUGUUUAUUAUGCAUAUGGGGUUUUUUUUCUAAACUGUUUCUUGAUGCUGAAGUGUGAAUUCAGCCAAGAUACCCAAGCUGGAGCAUAUUUAGACAACUGUUUCAAGACUUAGUUUCUAUUGCAGUUAUCAUAUUAAACAAAAUCCAGAUAUGGUUAAGUUCAGGCCUUCUUCCAAACCCUACUAACCAGCUCCUUUGAAAAUGCUUUCAAUACUAUGGAUCUUAAUAUCCAUUGAGUGAACAAUUGUGGGAAGAAAGGUUUGUUCUUUUAAAUGUUUUUCCCUUUUGUAAUAUCCAAUGUUUAUUUUUUUAUUAAUAUCUCCCCUCUACACUUACAGCAUCAUUUAUUUGGUGACAUUACUGUCACUUUUCUUUUAUAACAUUAAAAAAUAAUUUUGAAAAUAUAAGCAGGACCGAGGUCCUGCUACCCUAACAGAACUAUCGAAUUUCCAUUUUAGCAUAUUAUCUCCUAGGCCUCCUCCAUGUGCAUACGGACCUUAUGUACUAUAAUCAUGAGUUUUUCUUUAAUUAUUAAUUAUACUCUAAGUAUGUUUUCAUGUUUCUAUUCAGUGUUCCUAAUUAUCAUUUAACAAUUGUGCAAUGUGUUAUUUCGUGAUGUACCAUAAUUUGCUAAGCCAUACAUUAUUACUAGCCAGAUACCAUGCUUUAUGGGGUGGUUUUAUUAUUACUAUUUUCUGUUGUUGGUAACACAGCUACGUUAUUUGCUAUCUGUCCAGAGAGGUGCAGACUUACAGUUGAAAACCUGUAUCUUUAUAGAUGAUAAUUGAGGUAACAGAAAUGUGUAAAUGGAUAAAACACGCAAUAUUGUUGGUUUUCUCUUCACUCAUGUAGAUGCAAGACAUAGGAUAAGAAACAAAAUAAUGCUUCUUCAAAAAAGUCCCCCAUUGGGACCAGAGUCAAUAUUUUUAAGAGUAAGAUGAGACAUUUUCCCAGUUAAGAUACCAUGAGUUUGUAUCUCAAAAUAGGAUUACAUUGGUAUCAAUCUUCAAGAGCAUAAUGCUGAACAAGCAAAAUGAAAAACAGAAGUAAAUUAUAAUGAUUACUUUGUAAUAUUUGAAAGCAAUUUUUUAAAGUAUCUCACUAUAUAUUUUCUAAUAUAGUUAAUAUAUAUGUAUGUAUGUUAUUACUUAUUAGUGACUUACAAAUGAACUACACUUUCAGGAAUUCAACAGUCUCUACCCACAAGUUUUCUGUUUCAGCUUUUCACUGGAAACAUUAAACUGAAGAUGGAGAUGUGGACCAAUGCUCGGUUCAACCAAAUGUCUCAAUAAAGGAAUGAAUCCCACUCAG